AUGCGACGGUUAGAAAUGAGUGGUUUGACCAUAAGAGUAAAAAGAGGAUCGAGGGGCAGUGCUACACUUUUGGAAGCAGCCAACAGAAUUCUAAAACUCCUUGGUGUCAGUUCAUCUAAACGCGGGAAACAGUCCUCACCAAAAGCGAAGUCUAACGGCCGAGCUGCCAGUGAGGUACGGGCACCCAUAGCCACAACAGAGUCAUUGGUGGAAUCACCCAAGAUGCAAGCUUCUCAGGCCGCUGCUACUACUGUUUUGACUCCGCAAUCUACACACGGUUCCAGCCAAUCUCACAGACAUACGAAGAGAACAGCUAAAGACUACAUAUUCGGCAAAUUAAUCGGCGAAGGCUGCUACAGCACAGUAUUUUUGGCGAAAGAUAUUCACACGGGAAAAGAAUAUGCAAUUAAAGUUUGCGAAAAAAGUCACAUUGUGCGUCAUCAAAAAGUUCAAUACAUUAAAAGAGAGAAAGACGCCUUGAAUAUGCUGUUCCAUGUGCCCCAUGGUUUCGUAAAGCUAUAUUGUACUUUCCAAGAUGAAGAAAGGCUAUAUUUUGUUUUGUCUUAUGCGAAAAAUGGAGAACUACUGCAUUAUAUAAACAAAGUUGGCUCGUUUGAGUUAAACGUGGCUAGAUUCUACGCUGCUGAAUUAUUAUUAGCUUUAGAAAAGAUGCAUGCUGAAGGAAUUAUACAUCGUGAUCUAAAACCUGAAAAUAUUUUAUUAGACGAAAGUAUGCAUCUUCAAAUAGCUGAUUUUGGUACAGUUAAAAUUCUCAAUCCUAAAGAUAUCCGACCAACACUCAACAAAGAAGAUGAGGACUCAAAGGAAAAAUGCGAUGAUCAGUCAAAUGAACGCUCAAGAAAGAUUAGUUUUGUUGGAACUGCACAAUACGUAAGCCCAGAUCUAUUGCAGAAUCGAAUCGAUACACGUGCCUCGGAUCUAUGGGCUUUAGGUUGUAUUAUAUACCAGAUGAUUUCAGGACUCCCACCAUUUAGGGCUUCAACAGAAUUUUUGACAUUUCAAAAGAUAUUAAAAAUGGAUUACGAAUUUCCUGAAGGGUUUCCGGCUGACGCAAAAGAUUUAGUUGAAAAGCUUUUAGUUCUCGAUCACUCAAAACGUCUUGGCGCCACUGACAUUGGAAACACAUAUGAAAGCAUACGCAAACACCCUUUCUUUGAAGGUAUCGAUUGGGAUGACGUAUGGAACCAAACACCACCAACUAUCUGCCCUUAUUUACCUGGCGGAUCAUUUGAAGAAGAGUACACUGUACCAGACCACUUAGAACCAGGUUUAGGCAAAGAUCAAUUAGUCCGAUUGUGGGAGAUAGACCUUUCGACUUCAAGAGGUAUCCUAAAUAUAAGUUCAGAAGAGAGACGACGACGCUUGGAGGUACAAGCACGAGAAAAUAAAUGGCAUCAGUUUGUAGAUGGGGAGUUGAUUUUAAAGCAAGGUUUGGUAGAGAAGAGGAAAGGUCUAUUUGCAAGACGGCGGAUGCUUUUAUUGACAACGGGGCCACGAUUAUUCUACGUAGAUCCUGUAAAUAUGGUUUUAAAGGGUGAAAUUCCAUGGUCGCCAGAUCUACGUGUUGAGGCCAAGAAUUUCAGAAUAUUUUUACUACACACACCAAACCGCACAUACUACUUAGAAGACCCCGAGUCGUACGCCUUAGAAUGGAGUAGAGUUAUUGACGAGGUGCGUAUCGGCACAUACGGCCGUGACACGACUUAA